AUGUCUGCUACUAAGGAUGAUGGUUAUAGAUCACAAGAGGAGGAAGUGUUCGAUGGUAACGAUAUCGAAAACAACGAGGGGAAGGUGUACGAGGAAUCUUUGGACUUGGAUCUGAAUCAGGCAAAAAGACAGAUUUGGCUGGUCCGUUUGCCGAUGUUUUUGGCCGAGAAGUGGAGGGACCGUAACAACUUACACGGGCAAGAGCUUGGUAAGAUUCGCAUCAACAAGGACGGGUCCCAGAUAAAGCUUGUCCUCAAUGAGAAUGAUGAUGAUGCUAUCCCGCACGAGUAUGACUUGGAGUUAACCAAGAAGGUUGUUCAAAACGAGUACAUAUUCACAGAACAGAACUUGAAGAAAUUCCAGCAGAGGGAGAAAGAACUGGCGGCGGACCCUGAGAAACAGAGACAGGCGUAUUUGAAAAAACAGGAGCGUGAGGAGGAGUUAAAGAAGAAGCAACAGCAACAGAAGCGUAGAAACCAAAGAAAACGGUUCAACCACAGAGUAAUGACAGAUAGAGACGGUAGAGACAGGUAUAUCCCCUACGUGAAGACAAUACCAAAGAAGACUUCGAUUUCUGGAACCGUGUGUCACGAGUGUCAAGUCAUGCCAUCGAUGAACGAUCCAAACUACCACAAAAUUGUCGAGGCGAGAAGAAACAUCGUGAAACACAACAACAAGGAGAGGAUCACCACGUUGGACGGAACUGUUGGUGUCACGAUGUCGCAUACAGGUAUGUCGAUGAAAUCGGACAGCUCAAAGUUCUUGAAGGUUGGGCGUGAGAAGACAAAGAACAAUACCAAGUCGAUCAGAAUGCCUAAGAAGGAGAUUCUUGACUACUUGUUUAAAUUGUUCGAUGAAUAUGAUUACUGGUCUUUGAAGGGUUUGAAAGAACGUACGAAACAACCAGAGGCGCAUUUGAAAGAAUGUUUGGAUAAGGUGGCGAUCUUGGUGAAAAAGGGUCCAUACGCCUUUAAGUAUACUUUGAAACCUGAAUACAAGAAGUUGAAGGAGGAGGAAAGGAAAGUUACGCUGGGCGCAUUGGCGGAUGAGACACAGUCUGGUGAGGGGAGUACAAGCCCUAGCCAAAACAAUGGCGAUAAUGAGGAGGAUGAAGAGGAGGAUGAGAUUGAAAUGGAGGAUAUCGUAUGA